AUGGAUCAAAUAUAAAAUAGCAAUAUUUUUGAUAAUAAUUUCAAUGAAAUGUUUAUCUUAAAUAAUUAUAGAUAAAAAUGCAAUAUUCAUGAUCAAAGGUUGGAUAUUUUGUAAGUAGAUAACUACUCAAAUGAACAAAUGCUCAAGUGCAUAUAUUGUCUAUAAGGUCAAUUAAUUAAAUUUCUUCCUCUGAAAUGUGUACUUGAUGGUUCAACCUUCUUUAAAGGAUGGCCCAUAUUGGAUGACUCAAAGAUCUAUGAAUAACUUAUGCAAAUGCCUAAAAAAGAUGAAUUAUUAAAUUAAUACCUCGAAGUUGUUCAAAAUUUUUACAAGCUUUUCAAACAUGAAAUUAAUUUACUGAUUGACAAGAAGGAAAAAGAUUCAUUAAUGAAUAUCUAAAAGAGAUACGAUAGUUUUGAAUAUCCAUUGGAUUUAUACAAUAGAAUUUCUUAAAAAGAAAAACUUAAAGAUAUCAUACUCAAUUAAUACCAAGACUUUGACAAUUAAAAUAAAGCAUUUUCUCAAAUUGUAAAAGAAAACCUUGAAAAACAAGAAGUUUAUAAGGAAUAAAUGCAUAAUUCUCUUGAAACACUUAAAAAUUAUAAAGUAGAUUUGGUUUCUCAAAACUAAACAAAGGAUUAAAUUAUUCAGCUUAUCAAUUAAAUUAACGAUUUUUCAAUAGCCUAAGAAAAUAGGAAUAUCUUGCAGGUUUCACAGAAUUCACAUGAUUAAAGAAAUAGUUAAAUAAAUUAGAUUGAGUUAGAAGUAUUAGAGAUGCCAAAAGUUGUUUCAAAUAAUAUGAUUGCAGUAUCAUAAAACAUUUAACUAGCUUAAAACAAAAAAAUUUAAAUUUUCUCACUCUAAGAUCUCGACAAAAUUUAAAAUUUCUAAAAUAUAGAAUUGCAUUUUAGGAACAAAAAUAUUCAAGAUGAAUAACUUAAAUAAAUAGCUGGUGCUUUAGAAAAGUGUUAGAAUAUUUCAAGUCUAAUUUUAGAUUUAGGUCAGAAUAAUUUUAAAUUAGAAGGUGUUUAAUAUUUUGCUACAUCUUUACAAAAAUGCCAUCAAAUAAAUAGCUUAACACUAUCUUUAAAGUAGAAUAAUUUAAAAUUAGAAGGUGCUAAAUAUAUUGCUACAUCUUUAGAAAAACUUCAUAAAAUGAACAGUCUAAAGCUAUAUCUAAACAAUAAUAGUUUAAAUUUAGAAGCAGUUCAAUAGAUUACAUAAUCAUUAUAAAACUAUUAGAAUCUUACUCAGUUAACUCUUUAUCUUGGGUCAAAUAAUUUAAAUGAAGAAGCAGCAAAAUAUCUAGCUUAAUUAUUACUAAAAUCUUAAAAUCUUACAUCUUUAGAAUUAGACCUUUAUAAUAAUAAUAUUGGGUAUCAAGGAGCAAAUCUAAUUGCACUUUCUCUAAAAAAUAAUUAGAAAAUCACUUAUCUACGUCUAAAUUUUUAGACAAAUAAUAUCCAAGAUCAAGGAGCUAUCGCAAUUGUAUAGUCUUUAGAAUCUUGUUAGAAUAUUAAUUAAUUAAAGCUAUAUCUUGGACAGAAUAAUCUUCAGUUAGAAGGAAUCAGAUAAAUUUCAGAAUCUUUAAAAAAAUAUCAGAAUACUACUCAUUUAACUCUAUGCGUUUCUUACACUAACAUAAAACAAGAGGGAAUUAUGUUAAUUCUAUCAGCUUUGCAAAAGUGCCAGAAAAUCACAAAUUUAAAUCUUUAUCUCAGUCAGUCUAAUGUUAAUCUUGAUUUAGCUAAAAUAAUAGCUUCAGCUUUAGAAAAGUGUUAGAAUAUCACUAAUUUAACUCUAAUUCUUAGGCAAAAUAAUUUAUCUUAAGGAGAAUAGAAAGUAAUCUAUGAUUAAUUGAAAAAUACUUUGAAGAACGCAAAAGAAAUUACUGUAGAAAUUUGA